CCUCAGUGCCUCGCUUGCCAUUUGAGGCAAGCAGCCGCAGCGUUGCGUUACGCGGCGUGGCGCGGCGCAGCGGCAUGGACGUGUGGGCGCCACCCCCGGCGGACGGUGCGAGCAAAGCUAAAGGCUGGUAUCUGGCCCUGAUGGCGCCCAACAGCAAAGGGCCGGCCUUCGCCUGGCUGGACCCGUCCAGACUCUACUGCAACUCGCAGGCUCUGGCGGACUGCGUCAAAGACCUGCUCGCUCCCUUCCGCGACGACGCCAUCGACCUGGUGGCCGGCAUCGACGCCAUGGGAUUCAUCCUAGGGGCGUCCGUGGCCAGCACGCUGGGCAAAGGCUUCCUGGCGGUGCGCAAAGCGGGACAUCUUUGCGUGAGCAGCCAACGGCAGACCUACAGCGACUACACGGGCAGGGAGAAGACCAUGGAGGUACGAGACGACGUCAUCAGACCGGGCGUGAGGGUGUUGUUGGUGGACCAGUGGAUCGAGACCGGAGGAACCAUGAAGGCCGCCAUCCAGCUGCUGGAGAGGUUGGGUGCCACCGUGGUGGGCGUGGCCGCCGUGGCCGUGGAGAACUCGGAAGGAGGCAAGUGGAUUCGAGACCAUUACAAAUGCUCGCACUGCAUCCCUGAGGAACUCCAGAGCCAAAUUGAUGGGCAACAUUUGGACUCCUUCUAAAGCUUUGAGAAAUGAACGGACUUGACUCGGGUUUGAAACAUUCCCGUCAAAGAAAAAAAGUUGACUUUUGAAACCAACAGCACGCGACUUUUGCACGCAUUUUUUAACACUCAUUGGCAACAAAAGACGCACAAAGUUUGCAUCCUUUUAGCGAGACAGGCCUUCUUGCUAUCACUGGCAGCAAAUCUGAAGAAGGCAUGGGAAAGCAAAAAUGCCCGCAGCAAAUCCGUUAACUAAGUAUGAAUUUCUUUGGCAUGGUGGCGGCAGUUUGCGUGAAUGCAGAA